UUCUUUCUUGCUUGUUCUCUAUGUCCAUUCUCUAUGUCCAUUCCGGGCAUUUUGCCUACGGCUUCCGCGGAGGGACAAUCUUUUUUGCAACAUCCCUUCAAUGGAGGCCGAGUCGGGCUGGCAGCGGGCGGAAAAGCGACGGAAGAGAAACCGGAAGCGGGAGAAAGAGGGCGGAAACCCGGCGGAAGCGUUGGAGCGGCGCCUGCAGGAAAUCAGCUUCGAAUUGCAAAGCUCAGGCUUCUGGGAUAUAAGCCAAAGCAUCAUCUUGCAAUCCCUGCAAAAGUCCCUGCGAAAGUCCCUUAUGGAGGAAGAAGAAGGCAUUCUUUCAUUGGAAAAGCUGAGCCUUUCGGAGCCUUUCCAAUGCAUUUCUUAUGGGAUCGGAAGCUUCUCUUCUUGUUCCAUUGCAAAGACACAAAUGGCCUUCCUUCUCCUGCUCUUGCAAACACUCCAGAUUCCUCGCGAUUGUUGCUUUGUCUUCGAUCCCGUUUUUUCUGAAUUCGAAAUCGAGGUCCUUCAUCGCCUCGGGCUCCAAGUCAUUACAGAAAAUGAGGAAGGGAAGCACUGUGUCGUUUCAGGUGUGCGGACGCUGUUCUUCAUGGUGCAUUGUGGGAAAGCCCUGUACAACAACCUGCUCUGGAGCAACUGGGCCCCGGAAACACUUUCCAAGAUGGCCGUCCUUGGGAACAGCUUCCGGGGCAUCCAAGACAGGAUGCCAUCCAAAAUAUUCCACAAAGAAUAUACUUACAUUGCAAAGAUCUUACUAGCGACUGAUGAGACUCCAUUUCCAUCCCAUCCUCAAUAUAUGGACAUAUUCAACGACACUUCCAUUCAUUGCUUCCCAUUGUCGAAGCUAGAAGAACUUUCUGGAGAAAUCUGGAAGCUUCCAGAAGAACCCGUUUACGAGGAAAACGAGGAGAGGCAACUAGAGAUCAUCCGGAAGAAUCAGAAAAAAGAGAUUUGCAUGGACUUCAAGAGAAAUGAAAAAUUGUUGUGAAAAAGGCAAAUAUGAUUUUUGUAUUAAUAAAUGUGUUGAAUAAA